CCAAAAAUUUCUUUUCCUUUCUAUAAAUACGAAGUCCCAUUUCCUCCCCGGUGAUUUCAGCCUCUCUCCCUUCAACAUCCCAAUUUCUGAUUUCUUUUUCUCACACUUUUAACUUCCCAAUCUCUGAUUUCUUGUCCAUCCUCUCUUUGUGAUGGAACGAGGGCAACUCUUAUUGGGAGAGAACCCGAGUGCUCAAAAGGUGGAUCCAAACCAUGGCAAAGAUUGUGGUGGAGCCAUGGGCUCCUCGGCAUCAAGUACUUCCAAGGGAUCCCGAGAUUUAUCCAAUGGCUCUGAAUCGUUUCGAAGGCUAGAGGUGGGUGUACCAAACACCAACUCCUCACAGAAGAAGCUCUCUUGGUUGAGAUCCCAAAUUGUGGGUGGGGACGCAGAGUUCAGCUCCCCCUUUGGAGUCCGCAGGCUCACCUAUGCUGAUCAUACUGCCUCAGGCCGGUGUCUACGCUACAUCGAAAACUACAUCAACGAUAAUGUUCUUCCCUUCUAUGGGAACACUCAUACCUGCGAUAGUUUUGUGGGAAGCCGGACUACAAAAAUGGUGCAUGAAGCCACCAGGUACAUCAGGAAGUGCCUAGGCGGUCGACAAGAUGAUGCACUCAUGUUCUGCGGCUCAGGCACCACUGCAGCCAUCAAACGGCUACAAGAGGUAAUGGGGAUCACUGUUCCAUCCGUUCUGAGAGAGAGAGUAUUGAAAACUUUUAGGAGCGAGGAAAGAUGGGUUGUCUUUGUGGGGCCUUAUGAGCACCACUCCAACCUCCUGUCAUGGAGGCAAAGCCUAGCAGAAGUGGUGGAGAUUGGUUUGGAUGAUGAUGGCCUACUCGACAUGGAAGCUCUAAGACUACAACUUGAAUCUUAUCGCCGCUCCAACCGCCCCUUGCUGGGUUCUUUCUCAGCUUGUAGUAAUGUAACCGGAAUAUUUACAGACACCCGAGCGCUGGCUCAGCUUCUUCACCGAUAUGGAGGUUUUGUAUGCUUUGAUUUUGCUGCAAGUGGUCCUUAUGUGGAAAUUGAUAUGAGAUCGGGCGACAUUGAUUGCUACGAUGCCAUUUUUUUAAGUCCACACAAGUUUCUCGGCGGACCUGGGUCCCCGGGUAUCCUUCUAAUGAGCAAGGCGCUCUACCAACUCGGUUGUUCAGCUCCAUCAACUUGUGGGGGUGGGAUUGUUGAUUUUGUCAAUGGCUUUAACGAAAAGGACACAUUAUAUUUGGAGGACAUAGAGGGAAGGGAAGAUGUUGGAACUCCACCCAUCAUCCAGAAAACCAGAGCAGCAUUGGCUUUCUGGGUAAAGGAAUACGUUGGCUACAACGUUAUAGAAGAAGAGGAGAACAAUUACACUGAAGCAGCACUGGAGAGGCUUCUACCAAAUCCAAACAUAUGGGUUUUAGGAAAUACAACCGCAAAGCGUCAAGCCAUCCUGUCAUUCCUUGUUUACUCCACCACAAACUCUGCCUCAGAUGACAUGAGUAGAGAGGAAACAAAGGGAAGGUUUUACAUGUGGAGAGAGACGGGGAAUAGAAAAGAUAAGCCUCUUCAUGGACCUUUUGUUGCAAAGCUCCUCAACGACCUGUUUGGCAUCCAAGCUCGAGGUGGGUGUGCUUGUGCUGGACCCUACGGUCACAGCUUGCUCAAGGUGGAUGAGACCCAAUCCCUUGCAUUCAGAUCCGCCAUCCAAAAGGGUUAUUCAGGAAUCAAACCCGGGUGGACGAGAAUUAGCUUCCCCUACUACAUGUCAAGCGAGGAGUUCGAGUUCAUCCUAGAUGCACUGGAAUUCAUAGCUACUUACGGCCAGCGCUUCCUCCCUCUGUAUCACUUCAACUGGAAAACAGGCAGCUGGAGCUUCAGGAAGAAGGCACUCAAAGAUACCUCGACUCCAACACUCUCUCUCUUCAAGGCCAUGCCAGCAUUUAGUUCAAUCAGUGAUGGAUCAAGACUACACACCCAUGCUGGCAAUAAAGAUGAAAUAAUCAGCAGAUACGCAUCAUAUCUGGCGACUGCAAACAAAAUCGCCAGUCUCCUUGAGAAGUUCCCUCCCCAUCGUAGAAUUCCAGAAGACAUAGAUGUCAACCUCAUCACAUUCAGAGUGUAGUCUCACCUUCAAUUUCUAACUUGUAGCCUACUUAGACCAAUAUUUCAUCAUCUAACUGUAUUCAUUCAAUUAAUUUUGGGUUUGUCCUUCCGCCAUAUUCUUUCUCCUACUUGUACAUA